CGCGCCAGUCGCACGUCCGCGCCGCUGCCUCCCGAGCGCUCGCCCUGCGCCCAGCGACCGCCACCGCCGCGCCUCUACCGCGCCGGCACAACAAACUUCAGCACCGUGCCCUUGUUAUAUUAUGUGCUUCUAAUUGUUCACCACGACGAGGACGCACGCAAGGAUCGCACUGACAACAAAUUAAAGGCGUGAAUAAUUAAAAAAAAGUCUCUCUUAGAGACCUCAGAGUAAAACGGAAAGAAGAAGGUCCGUCCAUAAAUAAGCGGCGACGGUCAAAUAAUGUGGUCGGGCAUGCGCCCAGCGGGUGCAGUCACCGGGUUGUGUACUUAGUAGCAGGAGAUGCCCGUGUGGUGGGGACCGCGGGCGGUCAGCAUGCGCGUGUGCUGCGUGACGACGGUGCUCGCGGCGCUGGCGCUGCGCUCCGCGGCCGAGCCGGCGCCGCGCCGCUACCCCGCCGAGUGGCACAGCGGCCGCGAGCUGGCGCGCGCCCGCCCCCUCCAGGAGCUGUUCGAGGCCGAGCACGCGCCGCCGCCGCUGCCGCCCGGCGCGCUGCACAACGAGCGCCGUCGCACGCGCACCAACAAGCGAGCCAUGCACCAGCUGCCCUCAGAGAUAGCCAGCCAGAUGAUGUUGCGAGCUUCGCGCUCCAACCGACCCUACGAUGUGCCCCAAAUUGAAUGUCCACCGGCUGCGGAUGGCAUGGAGCGGUUCGCGUGCCCGACACCUGACCGACAAGGGCGCUACCGCUGCAUUGACGACCAUGUGUUGUGUGACGGCUUCAUCGACUGCCCCAGUGGCGAGGAUGAGGACCGACAGGCUUGCAUGUUCUACAAAACGACGAAAGCCCACCUAGAUGUCCUGGCCGACGCGCUACUGCGGUGGGCGCGCGGCCGCUAAGGACCGACCCCUCCCGGACCCUGACCCUUUAGUGCUCUAAUACUCCGCCAGUGCUACACGGACCUCAUGUAAAAUAUACGAUCGAUUGGCCCCGUGCUUAAAUGCGAUCAGUGAAAGCUGCGAACUCCUAGAAAUAGUAUUCGGGCGCAACCAGUCAUAACUCGUACAUGCGUUGAACGUAAUGAAACAUAUCAAGUAGUGGUGCAGCCUAUGCCAAAACAUGACCACUUAAAGUGUAGUGUAAGGUUUCCGACUGCGACAAUCGAGACAACAGAACACGCCGCGCUGGCCCGCCCAGUGAACGAAGGAAAGCAGUGAUACGAUCUGGUUUCGUCCCAAUUAAACUUCUCCGCAGCUGAUUUAUUUUCCAUGUAUUUCAUACCUUCUAGCACUUAUUAAACUAAAAUGUGAGACUGGUAGUCAACAUUGUUAGACAGUAGAACAUAUACAUAAAAUUUUAGAAUAGUUCUUCAUUUGGCAAAACGUAAAUGUUUGUCGAUUUGUUAAAAUAUGUAUUCACUUUAUGUAAUUACUCUACAUUAAGUUAUGACAUUCCUUAUUAUAAUGAGGGUUGUAAAGUAAAUAAGAGAAAUUUAAAAAUGUGUUGUAUAUAGAUAGAUACCAAAUGAAUUAUUUUAUAUUUGUUUAAUUAGUCGGCCUAUAAUAUGCGAUCGACGACUGCUCCGACGAGUCCGCACUGGAACUUGGUGAUCAGCCGUCGUUGGCACUCUUGUCCAUUAUUUUUUCUGAUUUAUCAAUAACUUUGUACUUAAGUAUAUUACUUUCAAAAGACAAUUAUUAAGAUGUGAGAGCAUUAAGUAUUUUAACAUAAAUUGAUCUCGACUAGAGGCAGCUAUAUUAUGUAAUAUUAUAAAAUAAUCUAUUUAUUUAAAGAUGCAUUUAUUUGGUUAGUUUUUAAUUAUAUAGGUAUUAAUUUUUGUAUGAUUUACUGAUAUGUUCAAUACGGCUAGAAUAAAGUUAGUAUUUUUGACUGAAAAAUUGUUAAUGUCCUUUGCCGAUCUAGUCUGGGGAACUUGUUACACAUUCCGUAAAUACUUCUAGUCACAGCUCAGUCCCUAUUUACUUACUUUUUUAAUAAGUUAUACAUAAUAUUAUGUUUCUUCAUAUUUAGGCUAGUUCAUUUUAUGAAUAUCCAAUCAGGAAAAAUAAAGCUUAGUGCCUGUAACAUCAAAAAUUCAUUGACAUAUUACAGUUUCAGAAUGGUAUAGGUCACAUAUAAUCUUAUCAAAACCAACAAAAUAUUAACUGAACAGUAACAAAAACACACUGUACCAAAUAUUUUACCAACAAAAAAAAAACACGACGUGUCUACAUAUGUAUACGUACCGUGAAGCUACAAGCUACCUAGAGUAGGUAUACGUACGUUUAUUUCAUCGAACAAGCCAUUAUCUAAUUAGUUACUUAUUUCUUGCGAAAAUAUAUAAUUAAAUGUUCACAUCCACUAUAAUUAAGUAUAAGAACGUUAUUCUACGUGACGUAGGUAAGUGAACUAUGGUAGUUAUUGUUUAGAUUCUUAAAGUAUAACAUUUAAUUCGUAGAUAUAGUUAAUGGAAACAACAUUUAAAUUAUUAAAAAAUAUAUACUCAGUAGGGAAGUUUGAGGUAGUGUCGUUUGGUAGUAAGUAGUCAAUGCACCAAUUAACAGUCGAGAUUUAUUUCUAGCACCCCAAUCAGUGUGUAGCUAGUCACUAAAAUAAUUAGUUUUGGUCGUAGUAUUUUAAGAUAUUCAAAUAUUACAUUAUAUUUCUAAGCCAAAUGUAGUAAAGUGAAAUUAUAAUAGCUAUAUUGUAGUUUUAAUAAGUGGAUGUGACACACAGAAGAGAUAGGUCGUAUGUGAGACUUGGGAGGCACAUCGAAGCAACCUUCUUUAUACUAAAGUAAAUUCCAAAUUACAAUAAUAAUUCUGGAUACGUCAAAAUUUGAAUAAACACCGCCAUAGUCUGUUAGAACGUAAGUUCUUGAGCCAGCAGACUCGGCGGUAUUUAUAUUAAUGAAACAAAACAUUUACGCAAAACUGAGUUCAGUACGUAAACUAUACAUAUUUAGGUAUCUGCUUUGAUGUUAAUCUCACUUAAGACUUAUCGCUAUUAAAUAUUUUACAUACUUUUAUUACAGAGAGAUAUUAAUCAAAAGUUUUUUGUACACGUGUGAAGCAAAUUGGUUUUGUUUACCAGCCUUUGCCACAAAUAGGUGAAGGCUACCUAAAAUACGAGUCAUUAUAUCUAAAUUAAAAUUUUAAUGACCUGACUAGGAAGGUCGAUUAUUUAUACUUCGAGUUCCAUAAUACUACAGUCGAGUUACACAGUUUAUGAAAUUAAACUUUACGUAUACCUACUAAAGGUAAUGGGGUACAUUAGUUGUGUUUAUUUGAGUAAUUAGGUUCUAUUAUUCUUUCAUGGUAUAUUAUUAAAGGGCAAUUUAACUCAGCUACGUGCUGCUGAAUUAGAAAUUACUCCACUAAUAAUAAUAACAACUAAUUAAAGUGAAAGCUCUUUCGAAUUCGAGUAUAACGGUAACAGUUUUAUGUCAAUGAAUUUUGAAAUGCUUUUAGUUUUUUAAGUACGUACUACAAAUAGCAUAUACUAUACAUGAUCUCCUUAAUGGCAUUUAGCACUUUAUGUACCUACCUUUAUCUCAAUCGAAUUAGAUAUUAUAUGUUUACCCCAAGACUACUCGGCAAAUACUAAAUUAUGAUCAUAUUUGUAUUAGUAUUUAUUAUUUAAUUUGAACAUUUUUCAUUAAGACGGAAUUAAAUCUUUAAAAAUUAAUCUAACUGCACUAAAAUUUGCCUGUUUCGUAUGUGCACAGCAAUUUAUUGUGAUAUUUUAAAUACUUAUAGGUUAAGAUGCAAAUCAAGAUCUCGGGAAUAGACUAUGUACCUAUCAAUGUGAUUAAUAUUAAUUUAAUAUAUGUACUAAUUACUAUGUACGUAUGAUACCUAUGUCAGAGUUAUGUUGGUCUGUAUUAAAUACAGGCACGUCAUGGUUAGAUACUGUUUAAGCUUCGCACAUUCUAUAUAUGGAUAUCUUAUUUAUUGUAUGUCCUAUAGAUAAAGUUACCUUGCAACUAGUCAAACCUAUUGUUUUGAUCCAAAGUGUCUGUUAUUUAAGUUGGAAUGGUCCCAUUACUUUAGAAACAUUUUGCAAUUUUGGUCAAUUUUAUGAAUAUAUACCUGUAUGUGUAUGUAGAAUAAUGAAGAUGCUAAUUGUUGUCCAGUCCACUGUCUGUAUGUAGUGAUCGUGCCGGGGCCGCACGCGCCGCCGCGCUCGGCCCGGCCGCUUCUCGUUGUCACUGUGACCGCUCUUGUGUCUUCGCCAUUACUUCGACGCACCCCUCACCCACCUAUUUAUUGUAUUUAUAUCUAGUGAUUGUUGAAUAUAUGUAAGCACCUACUAUGAGCACAACUUGUCAUAUAAAUAUAAUAAACGCCUACUUAUAUCUAACAUUUACAAAUCGUUUCUAGACACUUUUAUACGAUUCGCAGUAUCUUGCGACUGAAACCGUACUUCUACAACUCUUUUGGAAAUGAAAGAUAGAACGCAGUUCAAAUUAGAUAUUACUGUAAUAUCUAUUUCUCAUAACGUACUUAUACCUACCUAAAGUAUCUCUACAACUCAAAUGGGGAAAAUACUUCAACGAUAUUUACUGUUGAAGAACGAUAUUUUUAGAUGUCACACUUGUAGUGGAUAAAUAUUACACAAAAAUCUUUGUUUGGUCAAUUAAUAUUUCACAAAACAUUUUCAUAGAAAUUUUGCUGAAUCAACCUUCGCGCAAGACGGAACUACCCAUCACUUUAUUAGCCGUUCUUCUUGAGGAAAAUCAAUUAUUAUUUGAAAAUGCAACUAUUUUUGUAGAUACAUAUUUAAUUGAUUACCACUAGAUAGAUAUUAACAUAUGUAUAUUUUCUCAUAGUGUUGUGUUCGCCAGAAGACAAACGAUUAACUAUCUCUGACCGCACAAACUGAAUCGUUGAUACUUUGUUGACUCACAAUAUACCGUAGACAGCAAUACACUGUCGGACUCUGUCAUACCAACUGACGGCCGAGAGGCAGAGAACGCUCGUGCUCACUCAGGCAGACCGCAUAGGUCAUUGUCAUCGCAUAGCUUGGAUGAAAAAUGGAAUAGCCUCCGAGAGAAUCCACCUACUCCCUGUCGAGUACGUACUCAGGAACAUCUAAGCGACCUAAACUUAUGAACGGCUUCACAUUGCUAAAUGUGAUGCUUGGUAAUCUUGCUGAACUUUCCCUGUCAUUCUCUCUGAGAAUAUUCCCACUUUUUCAGCCGUGUCAUGGAGUUGCCUAGACAUUUCGCAGGACAUGUAAGCAACUCAUAUGGCGAUAAUCUUAUAACGACUACGCUAUUUUGUAGGCGUAAUAUACUUUUGGACUAUUUAUUAUGUAUUGUUAAUUACUAUGUAUGUUGUAUUAAGAAAAAAAAUUGAAAAACAAAAAUAAAUGUUAAUAAAUGCCUCAGCCAGAUAA